CCCACCCCCGCCAGCCUGGCCAGGGAAGGAGAAGGAAGAGGAGGGGCGUGGGGCAGACUGGCUCCGGCCAGGAGGUCAUGCAUAAUUCAACAGCUCCACUUUCGGCCCGCCUCUUUCCUAGGGGUGGGAGUUUGCCGCAAACUUUGUUUAUGGGACGGUCCGGGAGCUCUUGCGGCGGCGCUUGUCUGAGUCUUCUCUGUCGCCUCCUCGCGCAGUGCGAGCGCCCGGGGCCGGCUCCGGGGAUGUGAGAGUCUAAGCCUUCGACUGCUGGGAAUCCGUUCGGGUUCCAGCUCUCCAGCUAGGGAGGCGCCCAGGAUCGGCUUCCCCGCGUGCCCAGUAAGAUGAAUCCGUCCUCGGUACCCCCUCCGCUCCCGCCGCCAGGGCAGCAAGUCAUCCACGUCACGCAGGACCUCGACACGGACCUCGAAGCCCUCUUCAACUCUGUCAUGAACCCCAAGCCCAGCUCGUGGCGGAAAAAGAUUCUGCCGGAGUCCUUCUUCAAGGAGCCGGAUUCCGGCUCCCACUCGCGCCAGUCCAGCACUGACUCGUCGGGCGGCCACCCCGGGCCUCGACUGGCUGGCGGCGCGCAGCACGUCCGCUCGCACUCGUCUCCCGCAUCCCUGCAGCUAGGCACCGGUGCGGGCGCCGCUGGAGGCCCUGCACAGCAGCACGCUCAUCUCCGCCAGCAGUCCUAUGAUGUGACCGACGAGCUGCCACUGCCCCCCGGGUGGGAGAUGACCUUCACGGCCACUGGCCAGAGAUACUUCCUUAAUCACAUAGAAAAAAUCACCACCUGGCAAGACCCUAGGAAGGUGAUGAAUCAGCCCCUGAAUCAUGUGAACCUCCACCCUGCUGUCACUUCCACAUCGGUGCCACAGAGGGCCAUGGCAGUGUCCCAGCCGAAUCUUGUGAUGAAUCACCAACACCAGCAGCAAGUCGUGCCCAGUAGCCUGAAUCCACAGACCCACCCUGCUCAGAACCCACCCACGGGGCUCAUGAGUGUGCCCAACGCCCUGACCACGCAGCAGCAGCAGCAACAGAAACUGCGGCUCCAGAGGAUCCAGAUGGAGAGAGAGAGGAUUAGGAAGCGUCAAGAGGAGCUCAUGAGGCAGGAAGCUGCCCUCUGCAGACAGCUCCCCAUGGAAACUGAGACCCUGGCUGCUGCCAGCACGCCUGCCAUGAGCACAGAUAUGAGAUCCAUCACCAACAAUAGCUCAGAUCCUUUCCUCAAUGGAGGACCCUAUCAUUCAAGGGAGCAGAGCACAGACAGUGGCCUGGGGCUAGGGUGCUACAGUGUCCCCACAACUCCAGAAGACUUUCUCAGCAACAUGGACGAGAUGGACACAGGAGAAAAUGCGGGUCAGACACCCAUGAACGUCAAUCCCCAGCAGGGCCGCUUCCCGGAUUUCCUUGACUGCCUUCCAGGAACAAAUGUUGACCUAGGGACUUUGGAGUCUGAAGAUCUGAUCCCCAUCUUCAAUGAUGUAGAGUCUGCUCUGAACAAAAUCGAGCCCUUUCUAACCUGGCUGUAAUCCCUACUGUCUUAACGUGAUGCAGCUGUGACCUGACGUUUCCUGGGCCUUGUGGAACAAGUGAUGGAGCAGAGCAGGUCUGCAGGUGCACUGCUUUCUGCCUUCAUACACACACCCCUUCUUGUCUGUGUGGCCAGUUAAUCAUUGCAGGAACUUAAGUUGCACAUAGACAAAUAUUCUCUUUGCAUUUUCUGCAAGCCUGCAUCUCUAACAGAUAAUGCAGAGUGGAUUGUGCAUAAUAACUUUUAAAAAACCCCUGCAGCCUUAUGGCUGAGCUUUAUAACAAUUAGCUUAAAUUCAUCUAUCAAUUGAUUCUAAGGCAUAAACGCUGACCAUAGGCAGUGCGUUAUGGCAAGCAGCUUGGUCCAGGAAAUGUGCCCAAAGACCU